UUUUUGUCAAUCCCAAACCCACUAGAAAAAUGUUUUUCUUGCUUGGUCAAGCCAUUAUUAAUGUUAACUUUUGUUAUCUCAAGUUCAAGUCCAAGAUUAUGUUCAUGGAUUAACAUGGAUUUCCUCGGAUUAUCUGGCGAACUGUUGCGCCGCUUCAGUUUAAAAUAUUGAGGACGAGUGUGACCUGAGGGAUUUAUUAUUGUAGUGGUCAGUCCUCCAGCCUGGUGAAGAGUUCAGCUCCAUAGCCUGGAACAAGAGCUGACAGUUAGCUUAGAUCCAACAAUAUGGGGAGUUCCAAUCCACAAAUUAAGAACUUCAUCAGCAUUGCAUAUGACUAUCGUCGAAGCAAGACUGACAAAAAUCUCAUUCAACUUCAGCGUCACCUUCAGAUCCUGUCAGUGGUGAAUGACUUGAGUAUAUUUGAGCCAACAAAUGUGGAGACUCUGGAAUUUUAUGUAUGCCUGGAGCAGUUUCUUAACCCAUUAGAUGCCAAGUCACCAGUGGUAUGGAAGGUCAUUGCACUUCUCAUUCACAUUUGCCAUUCCCCAUCAAUCCGAACGGCGCUCAGAGAUGAUAUCAAGUUUGUUCCCAUACUGAGCGACUUUUUAGUGGAGUCAAAGCUUAGCAAAGACAAGUCGCUCAAGACUUUGAACCUCAUUGAAGAGAUUUCUUACAAAUUAAAGAUUUUACGUACAGAGGCAUGGGUGCUGAAGCUGGUACCUUACCUGGUGGAACACAUCACAGAGGGAAACAGUGGUGAUGACCUCCUAGUGCCAUCUCUAACCACACUUGCCAACCUCUGCAGGUCUAACCCACCAGUUCUUUCUUGCCUUCGCAGUAUGGGAAACAACAAGGCCCUGGUACAGAAACUGACUGACAUGAAAACAGCUACAAUCAACAUUAAGUUGCUGGCUUCAGAGCUAAUGUUCUACCUGGACUUGAAAGUUACUGAUCUCGGUUUCAACCUUAUUAAACAUAUUUUGGAUUUAGUUUUCACCGCAGCAACUGAAGGUUUAAUGGAAAAUAAUCUAUCUUGGCUUCGAUUGGCUGCGGACGUAUUUGGGGAACUUACGUCAUAUCCAAUUAUAGAAGACCACCUGAGAGAGUACAAAAGCUACACUUCUUAUUUACAACCAUUACUCAAUGGUAUGAUUGCUGAGAGCCCAGAGCCACUUGUUGAAGUACUACUGGAUCUUUUUUGCUACCUUAUUGAGCUUGACUAUACAGAACUACAUCCACUCUACAAUGAAAUAUUUUCUAAGGCAAUGAUGUGGAUGAAUUCAGAGCAGAGCGGUGUAGCAGCUGUGAAAGUUAUACAGAGCCUCAUUACUGUAAUGAAUGAUUCAGUCAACUUGGAUCAUCUUGAGAACUUCAUUGGUGCUGUUGCAGAGUCGUUAAUGUUUGAUGAGGACGUCAGCAUAACCCAUAAUCGACUGCACCGCAUCACUGCUACCUUAGCAAUGCUAGAAGGACUCUGCAAUCGUGAAACAUCUUAUCGCCUUAAGUUAGCAGUUCAGUUACAGCCUUCAGUGUUCUCAUCUCUCUUGAGAAAAAUUCUGAUUAUUGAAGCUUCUUUACCUUUGGGAAACUCCUUAGCUCAGUCUUACUCUGAUUAUGAGUCAAAUGCCAGCAGAUAUUCUGUAUGCAGUUACAAGACCUACCAGGAUCUCUCAAUCAUCUCAGGAAAUAUGCUGAGUGCCAGCUUAAUGGAGGCUGUUUCACAGUCAGUGAUUCUUAUUCUCACAGUGGUCAAACUUCUUGGUUCACAGAAUGCAGCAUUUAUGUUAGAGUAUAGCCAGAUGAUUAAUAACCCAGUACUGAUGACCCAUUUGGUUCGAUGUGAGCGAUCUAGCAUCCCUGAUCUUGUGGCCAGAGCUGUUACCAUUGUAACCGAGGGAACUGUGCCUACUGAAAGUAUGGGUGCAUUAAUAAAAGCAACAGAGGAAGCUAAUGCCUCAUCUCAGCCUUCAGUAAAUAUGGACAAUGGUGAUCACAAGGAAAGACUUUUCAGUUCUCAGUGUCAUGCGCAGCUUUUCUCUGCCGGCUGUGAAGAGAAUGUGGACAUGAUGAUAUCAAGGUUAAGGGGCACUGUUGAUAAAAUGGAGCUGAAAGAGUGUGCUCUGACAGACAUAAUGGAAAUGUAUGAAUACAAAAUGGCAGCCAUGGCCCAUGUUGAGAAAUCACUGCGGGAUGCAUUAACUGCAGCAGAUGUUCAAAACCGUCAGACUCACCACUCAUUACUGCAAACCAGAGUACAGAAUGACCAUCUGAGAAGUCUCCUGUGCUCAUGGGAGGAGCGCUUGCAGAUAGCUCAAAAGGAGAAAGCUGAAGUUCAAGCAAGCAUCUCGCAAAUUCAGAGCUCUGCCAGGCAGCUUCGAGAAAAUUUCCGUCAGGACAAAACAGAGUUAGAACGGCAAAAAAUAGAUUUGCAAAAGGAAGCAUCAUCACUGAGAGACCAUCUAGAUAAUCGGGAGGAGAACAUUCGUCGACUCCAGCGGCAGUUGGGCGAUGCUCACAACGAGAUAAAAAAUUUACACAAGAUAAUUAAGGAAGAGCAGGAAAAGCACCAGAAGUUGCAAGAUCAGAACCAAAAGUUAGAAGAAGAGCUUAAAAAAGGACGAAGAGAAUAUGAUGAUUUGCAGAAGGAAAACCAAAGGGUUGAGAAGUUGCAGCUGCAGCUGAAGAAAGAGAAUUCUGAAUUAGAGUUGUUGAUACGCAGUCAUGAAGAAUCCAUGUCAGCGAAGGAAGCAGAGCUGGAGGAGAUGACGAGGAAAUUUAAUGAACUAAAGCGCAUCCAGGAUAUGAUUCAUAAUAUAUCUUCUGGCAAAUUGGGACUUUAAUAUUGAGUAAUUUCUCAUACCACACUCACUUAGGGUUCAGUACAGAUAGCAAUAUUUUAGGGAUAAAUAAGCAUAUUAAAACUUAGUGAAGUUAUAUACAGCCUCUCCUCACUUAAUGAUGGAGUACCGUUCCUAAGACUACAUUGGUAAAUGAAUUUGUUGCUAAGUGAGGAACAUGCUAUAAUGGUAGUGGGUUUGUGUCAACCAUCUUUGAUAUUGUUUUAAUGUCUCCUUUGCACCAUUUAUAACAUUUCUGGUAUAUUUUUAAAGAUUUACACAGUAGUUUACUGUAUGUUGUAAUACACAGUAUCGAGGAAAUCAGCUCUAAUAUACAUUAUUUAGGUAAGCAUACUGGUCAGAGAGCCUGUCAUAAGUCCGAGUCAUUGGUAAACAAGUACAUAGCUAAGUGAGGAGAGGCUGUAUAUAUAUAUAUUUUUUUAAAUAAACACAUUUUGUACCAGUUAAUAAGCAUGCUUAGGGAGGUUUAUAUUUUGUACUGAAACUUUCUUAUUAUU